GUUAUAUUUGAAAAAAUUGAAAAAACAAACGAUGAAAAUGAUCCAUUUAUUAGCGUAGUUAGUGUAUGGUAUGAUAACGUCUGCAGUUUUAUGUAUAUUAAUCCUGAAUUUGAAAUAUCCACUAUAAUUAUUCAUAUUAAUCAUUAUAUGAUGCGUAACUAUGUAAUGACUAGUCAGUAUAAAUUCUAUUUAAAUCAACUUCAUCAAUCACCGUUAUCACAGUCCAUAUUUACUGCUAAACAGUUAUUUUAUAUAAAAACAUGUUCAUUACUUAUAAGUGCAUAUUUAUAUACAAAAACUCAAGAUUUUCCUUAUACUCUUGAAGAAUUAAUUCAGCAUUUUGGUGCUGAUAUCACACAAAUAAUCAUUCUUCAUACCUAUACUAUAGAAUCAUGGAACGCAGAGUUACUGAGUUGUAUUACAAGUCUUAGUGCCCUUUUUUCUACUUGUUAUUGGUGGGGAGGAGAGAAAGAAUCACAAGCCAAAAUAGUUUUUCUGACUGAAUCAGCAACCUGUGAAUAUAUCGAUGCACUCAUUCGUAUAAUUGACUAUAAGCCGAUUUCUCAAUCUAUUGAGAUAAAACGAACAAAUGAUCUAACGAUUCUUUUAGAGAUAACUUUAUUUCGAAUACUAAAUAUAGCACAAAAUGGCAAUUUUCUUUGGUUUCUACGUUCAAAGACUUCGCUACCCGAUACACUUUUAACCAUUGCUAAAACAUCACCUUGUGAUAAAAUACGCUUAUCUAUAUAUGCAAUACUUGGUGAAAUUCUAUGUGAUAAAAGUUUGAAAGAGUUGGAAAUAUCCGAUAGUGCCAGUAGUUUUUUCUUUAAUGCAUUUGAACAAGCAUGGGAACGUCCAUCAAAAAAGUUUCAACAAGUACCAUUGUUGCUUCUACUAAAAUGUUUGAUGAAUUUUUCUAAAAUCGAUGCUUUUCAACAGCAAAUAGCUAAUACAAAUAAAGUAUUACUUCUGAUUGAAAUGUGUGAUCAAUAUCCAAUAGUAUAUGAUAUUCUAUGGGCACUCUCAUUCAAUCAUGAUAUUCAACAACAACUUCAUUCAAAUACAUCAUUUAUAACAAAAUUAGCUCAUCUACCGAAAGAAUAUGAUAAUCAAAUACGAAAAAGUGCACAUGGAAUAUUAUGGAACUUAAAAAUAAGCCAUGAAGAUCGUACAACAUUAGCAGUUAGUAAUGAAAAAACUUUUGACAUUAUGAUUAGUUAUUCACAUAAAAAUGAAACCAUUUGUAAACAAAUUUAUAAUGAACUUAUCAAUAGUGGUUAUCGUGUAUGGAUUGAUUUUGAUCAAAUACAUGGUAAUGUUAUGGAUGCAAUGGCA